AUGGACGAAAAGGGGUGCAGAUUAACAAUCCACCACCAACACAAAGUAUUUGCUGCCAAAGGGACCAAACGGGUGCACUUCGUUGCCCAAGAACACGCAGAAAAUGUAACAAUUGCUAUGUGCGUGAAUACAACAGGAAAUAGUGUACCACCAAUGGUUAUUUUUAAAGGCAAAAGAUUGCGACCAGAAUUUUGCGAUAAUAUGCCUCCCGGAACUUUAGUAAAGAUGGGCACGAAGGGAAGCAUGACGACCGAACUAUUUGUUGAACUUAUUAACCACCUGGGUCAAUUUAAAUCUCAGGGAAAAUGUUUGUUAAUUUUUGACGGGGCCUCUUCCCAUUUGGAUGCUCGAAUCGUAGAUGCUGCUGAUGCUCAUGACAUUGUGCUUUAUUGUUUACCAUCCAAUACUACACAUGAACUACAAUCCCUUGAUAAAUCAGUUAAUAAAUCUUACGAACAUUUCUGGGACGAAGAAGUUUUACUGUGUGCAUAUCAGCAUCCAGGUAGAAAACUUACGAAAACGCGUUUUAGCAAAAUUUUUACGAAGGUUUGUUCCAAGUGUACAACCAAAGAAAAUAUAAUUAAUGGGUUCCGUGCGACCGGGCUUUUUCCGUAUGAUCCAAAUGCAAUUCCUGAAGAAGCGUAUGCAACUUCAGCGCUAACGCAAUUGCCCAAUCCACGUGAUAUAGAACAAAAUGUUUCAAGUGUAAAUGAUUCCACAUCUGAUAUUAUGUCAGCAUCACGGACUUCUAUUAUUCGAAGUUCUCUUUUAUCCCCAAGACGUGAUAAUAUGUCUGAUACAAAUGUCACUGAUUGUGAAGAAAAUCUUAAAAAUUUAUCACCAUCGAUUCUAACUACAAAUGCUGCUAAUGAAUGGACAGGCGUCAUAGAACAAAGAAAUGUACAAAAUCCGCAAUCUUCAAAUAUAAUUACAAAGCUAGUUGAUUACAGUUCUUCUUUAGAAUCCAAUAUGGACUUGCAAGAACAACUUCAAAUGCAACCUUUUCUAAACAUAAAUUUUAGAUAUUCUUCACCUGUUCCAACUACUUCCGGAACUAGUAAUAUACAGCCUCGUUCGAGGUUGAAUUCUAUUACAUCUGAUAGUUCUGAAGAAGAAGGCAUUACUAUUUUUUUAAAGAAUUUUCAAUAUCCCUCAAAACUCAUUGAUAUUUACACUUCAUCUUCCGAUUCAAACGAAGAAAACUUAAACCCAAACUUCACAGAACUUUUACCAAUCUCUGAGCAAAUGCAGAUUCAAUCUGAGGAUUCGGAAGAUAAUUUACCGCUAUUAAAAUUAAAGAACGUUCCUGAACCUUUAGCCUCUAAAUCACCGUUCCAUAAGCAAAUUCCAACACCAAAUUUUGGAAAAAUCAAAGAUAAACCUAGACGAAAGGCGCUUAAUUAUAUAGGUCAGAAAAUUACUAAAGAUUUAUUUGAUAUUGCUAAAGAGAAGACAAAGAAAAACACUAAAAAACAACUUAAGAAUAAACAAAAAAAGAUGGAGCACGACUGA